AUGAUGCAAGGUACCAGCUUGAGCUUAUACCUCAUAUUUUUUGCCAUUUUAUCUGAAUCUGUAGUUUCUCAAAAGAUAUUCGCCACCGUAACUGUGAGGAAAGACGGAAAAGGCAACUUCAGUAGGAUUAGUGAUGCAAUAGCAGUCGCUCCUGAAAACAACAAUGGAGAUAUCGGAUAUUUCCAUAUAGCAAUAACGGAGGGAGUUUAUGCGGAGUAUCUGAUCAUCCCUUCUAACAAAGGGUAUGUGAUGAUGACGGGGGCCGGUAAGAACCGCACAAUCAUCACUGGGAACCGCAGCUAUCGGCGGUGGGAAAAAGGUUUUGCGCGCGGGAUAUCACAUUUCGAAACACGGCGGGCGCAAACAAUGCACAAGCGGUUGCUUUACUAUCCAUGUCAGAUCGAUCCGUCUUCUACCGAUGCAGUUUUGAGGGCUUCCAAGACACACUCUACGUUCACUCCAACUUCCAAUUUUACCGCGACUGUGACGUUUACGGGACCGUCGAUUUCAUCUUUGGAAACCGCAGCCGUCAUUUUUCAGAAUUGCAAUAUCUACGUACGGCGUACUCCUACAGUCCUACUGGCACCAAUACAGUCACUGCUCAACCCAAAUCAAACCUCGGGAGUCAUCAUCCACAAUUCGCGUGUCACUGCUGCUACGGAUCUUCUACCGGUUUUGGGAUCCACCAAAACGUAUUUGGGUCGACCAUGGGACAAAUACUCGACGACGGUUUUCAUGAAGACAUAUCUCGACAUUCUUAUUGAUCCACGUGGCUGGCUUGAAUGUAAUCAUACUACCGAUGUCAGCACUUUGUUCUAUGCGGAGUUUCAGAACAACGGUCCAGGUGCUUCAACAUCAGGUUGA